GCGCGAAACUGUUCUCUGUGGUAUACAAUUACAAAAGGGGUUUCCCCUGUUGGAAAUUCCCACAGCCGAAUGAACUUCAUUCACAGCGUCGCGAGUGAUCAGCAAAAUACAAUUCUACCGGGUCUAUAUGUAAAAUGGAUCUAUUCAGCUUAUGGAUACGCGUAUUAGAUGUAACGGAUUUGUAGGAGAGUGAACUACUCGAGGAAGGUCUCAUUUCAAGACCCCGUUUGUGGAAAGGGAUGCACACCCCGAUUCAGAUCGUCCCGAUACCAUACCGCGGGUGGUAGAUGACUCUCGGUAAUACGUGGAGAAAAAACGAAAAUUUAACCAGGAACGCUUUGUCACCCCUGAAUACUGAUUUGGAUAUAUAAAUAGAAACACGUGCAACUGUGCGUCAUUCAACAUGUGGAGUUAUCUCCUGUACACACUGUAUCUUGAAGCGGCGGUGCAGUUUAAAAGAGACUUUUUGAAAUAUGUUAUAACUCAGACAAUUGUUUCACCACAAAACCGUUCUAACCAAUGAUUUCACUUGAAUGAGGAUUUUCUUUUUGGAUAUUGCUCAUAUAUGCGAGACAGCAAUUCUGAAAAUCAUAUAAACUGGUCGAAAACAAAAGAUAAUUUUAUAACACUUGCAUUUUUUAACGUGAUUAGAAUUGAAAAUAAAUAAAAUAAAAUGUUGCGAUCGAUUUGAAAACUCUCCACGACCGAAAAUAAUCAAUACGGGAUAAAUAUAUAACCGGCAGACGAGGAAAAGGUUUACUCAGAGUUCCAGCGUUAACGAAGAACUGAAAUUCCUUAAAGUAUACGAAGACGCUACCAAGAUGACAUUCAGACGCUUUGAGGACUGCUAUUAUACAUCACUGUAGGAUAUAUAUCGAGACGAUCAAGAGCUAGAUGAUUGAACUUUCAAUACAAAAGUAACAUUUUCGAAAGUAAUUUCUAUCAUGGAAUUGGAGAUCAACCAAAGAGAUGCACACGGCUUAGAUAUGGAGUUAUCGUCCUCACCGGAAGUAGAAACUCCUGCGGGAACACCAUCCCCGGAAGUUCGAUCUAAAAAGGAAAAAAGAAAGAUAAGUACGUCUUCCGUCUCUAGUAGUUCGCCAGGAAGGUCAAAGACUCGAAACCUAAUGUCCCGAUUAGGGCGUCGCACUGGACAAACAGCCCCCCUGGAUACGGGAGAGGAAGAAAAGGUAGGUAAAGUAUGGCGCAGUCUCCGGCAAGCGGUCAAGGUCACGAACGCCGUAACAACCAAGAAAAAGUCAACGGUGACACGUGAAGAUUCAUUUCUCAAAAAGUUUUCGACGCAACAGCCUUAUAGAGUAGAAUCCAAUUGUAAUCCUGUCGAAAACCACACUGAAAAUGUAAGCAAACAUGAGACAAAAGAAAAGCAUCGUACAGUGUUUCGGAUGGACGGUAACCUGAUGUUUUAUUGGACAGGAAUAGUCACGGUGGCCGUGCUCUAUAAUCUAUGGACGUGCAUUGCACGUGAAGCAUUUAGAGAGAUACACGAGAACCAUUUAUUCGUGUGGAUCACGUGCGACAUCGUAUGCGACAUUGUGUAUGUUUUUGAUAUCAUUUGUCAGUUCCGCACAGGGUACUUAGAUCAAGGACUUAUGGUGUUUGAUUCCUUAAAACUUGCCAAAAAUUAUGUCUCAACAAAAUAUUUCUAUUUGGACCUCGCGUGUUUGUUUCCAUUAGAUUUUAUACAGUUUUUCAUUGGAAUACACCCAAUGGUGCGAUUCCCAAGAUUCAUCAAGCUGUAUCGAACGUUUCGGUUCCUUUACAUGCUAGAAUCACGGACGGCGUAUCCAAAUUUCUUUCGUGUAGCCAAUCUGACGCAUAUACUUUUUCUCGGAUCUCAUUGGUUUGCUGCCUUUUAUUACCUGAUAUCAGAAGCCGAAGAUUUUAAAGGAGACUGGUCGUACCCUAAACCAAUAGGAGAGUUCUCAUCGGUGACCCGGAAGUAUCUAGCUUCACUAUUUUGGUCGACCUUGACCCUAACUACGAUAGGUGACCUUCCACCACCGGAAACUAAUUGGGAGUAUGUUUUCGUCAUAGUCAGUUACCUAAUAGGUGUUUUCAUCUUCGCCACAAUUGUCGGACAGGUGGGAAAUGUUAUAACAAACCGAAAUGCCAGUAGACAGGAAUUUGAGAGACUGCUGGAUGGGGCUAAGCUAUACAUGAGGAUGCACAACGUUCCACCACAGCUUCAGAAACGGGUACAAAGAUGGUACGAUUACGUCUGGAAACGUGACAGGAUGAAGGGAUCUGACAUCAAUUCUCUUGGUAUGCUACCUGAUAAGGUUAAAACUGAGCUUGCCAUUCAUGCGAACCUCGAGACACUGAAAAAGGUAACCAUAUUUCAAGAGUGCCAGCCGGAGUUUCUUCAUGACCUGGUGCUGAAGAUGAGGGCGUACAUUUUUACCCCAGGAGAUUUGGUCUGUCGACGCGGAGAAGUAGCACGGGAGAUGUUUAUUAUAGCUGAUGGUCUCGUUGAGAUAAUUGGCGAAACAGGAGCAAUACUGACUCAAAUGGGAACUGGAAACUUUUUCGGAGAGAUUGGUAUUCUUAAUCUUGAUGCCGGUAUCAACAGGCGAACGGCCGACGUAAAAUCAGUUGGCUAUUCGGAACUAUUCGGGUUGUCUCGGGAGGAUGUGUUAGAGGCCCUCAAGGAUCACCCUGAUGCGGAGCAAAUUAUCCGAUGCUAUGGACAAAGUCGGUUAAAGGAAACUGAACAGCAUCGCAAACAGACAAAACAAUCAUUUAACGCAAAUCUAUCACCGGGACAUCUAUGGUCGCCAAAUUCCCCGUGCAAAGGACUUUGUGCGAUUAUAACCCCCUCUCAACAAGUGUCGCCCAAUAAGCAAGGAGGAUUGCCUGGAAUUCGAAUUUCAAAUUUUGAUGACGAAAACGAAAAUCGGUUGAAUGGAAAAUCUAAAAUUGUUAAUAGUGUCAAAAGAUUAGUAGGUAAACGGAGUCGAAGAAAGAGCUAUAAAAGUCAACAUAAAAUUCACCAGACAAGUUUGGUCCAUCCAGUGGAAAAUUCCCAUUCCAGUCCUAUGUAUCCAGGUUAUGACACAGAGACAAAUCUAUCGGCAAACGUCAGAGGCAAUCCGAAUGGAACUUUAGUUUGUGAAGCUAUAGAGAACGAUAGUAGUAACGAAUCGCUUGGUGUUGAUUCGGCUGAACUACUUACACAAUCACUAAGCGUAAAUCCGAACGACUCGUGCCAGAGGCAGAGUUCAAGUGAACAUAACACAAAUGUUGCAACGAUGGGAAUUGUAGAAGAAUGUGGGAUGUGCUCAAGAACGAAUUCCCAGAAAAUACAGACAGGAGUCAGUAUAUCUUCGACGGAUGUGAUUAGUGCUGAUUUGUUAUCACCUGUCUCAAAUACUAAUACUCAAAACCUACUUAUGCAAGGAAACCCUACAACACAGCAACCCGUUACCAUGUCAACUAAUAGUCACGAAAAUUGUGCAGACACAGUUACUAGCCCUAACAGUGGAAACUCUUCCAGUGGAUUGUACCAACCGUCAUAUCGAAAUUACAUCCGGGUUCUCCAAGGUACGUCAAAAUGGCCAGAAUCCUUCACAUUACCGGAUAAAAUCACAGAUAUCGAAGAAGAACAUUCACCAUGUGGCUCGCCCCGGAUAUGUAGUCGCCGUACGUCCGUUGGAUCUGCAACCCACGAUAGCCGUGCCACGUGCUGUUGUUACAAAUUAAGACAUCACUUUAAUGACAUGGAACACAAACUGGGGAACAUGGAAGAGGUUUAUACAAAUACCUUAAAAAUGCUAAGUGCAAUUUCCGAACAACAAAUUUUAAUGAUGAAAGAAAUGAGUAAACCCAAGACCGUGUUAAUGGAGGACUCCAAAGAUCCAAAUGACCCUGACAUGGAGAUUACACGAUUAUAGAAAUCUCUCACAUCGUCCAUCGGUAAUACAGUAUAAUGUAUUGUAAAUGAAAAAAAAAAUAUACAAAGAUAUCGUUAUGUACGAUUUAUGAUAUAAAUAAGCGGGUUGCAAAAUUGAUACAAAGUAUAUUUUCAUAAAGCAUUUGGAUUGUUUAUACUUUGUACUAACUUGUCGUAACAGACAUCAUGAUCUGGUUCGAACAAUUUUCAGAUGGGUCUUCAGAAUGUUUAUGUUUUUUUUCUCAUUUUUAACCAAAACUUAUGCAAAUGAGUUUGUUUAGUAUCAGAAGUCCAGAAAUAUCGCCAAUGGUACAAUGCGCGGUAGAUUUAUGUGCUGACAGACACGAAUCAGUAAAUCUGAAUCUUGUAAUGGAAGUAUUAGAAUUUCCUUUCAUUCAUUGCACCAUGUGAGAUGAGAUAUUGAAUCCUCUCUUGAGGAGAAGUAAAGGUAUUUCGCUCAAAUUCAUAUUAAC